CGCAUAAAGUUUUGUCGGAAAUACCUCUGGUUAGCGACCAUUACUGGAAUUUACAAGCGGAAACAGUUUUAAAAGCUGCCAAUUGAUAUGAUGUGGCUUCUUUUUAUGAUUGAUUGAGUCUGUUGAGAACUAGGUAUGGCAGCUACAGAUAAUGUCAAUCGUUAUGUUGGUGUGGGACUAUCACCAGAAGAUUUUCUCCCAGAACCUCCAUCUGAAGACUGGGAAUUAAAUAUACUUCUAGAUGACAUUGCUCAGGGGAUUACUGAAGAAGAUCUCAAACGAUUAAAAUCAUAUUGUAUAGGUGGACCUGGUAAACGAACUCUUUCGGAAAUGAAAGAUGCUAUGGAUCUUUUUACACAUUUACGACAGACUCGUCGUCUAACAAGAGACAACAUCAUUGUACUUCAAUCGAUGCUGUUUCAUUUACACAGAAGAGACUUACAGAAAAAGGUUCUUGAAUAUGCGAGAAGGCUUGGAAACGUGUUACACUUCUAUAACCCAACGGACCAACCAGAAAACGGCUACCAACAUUUGACAGUCCAUGUAGAAGGAAGCGUCAAUUUUGACAGAAUCAAAUUAGAGAAACUUAGAGAUGGAGUUGCUAGACUUUUAUGCAUUCCUCCUCAAUUUGUUGUUGUAGAUGGCAUUGAACCAGGCAACAGUUUUCUGAUAACAUUUUCAAUUGCAGAAGAGUAUAUUGAUUUUGUUUUUGAAAUGCAGCAAGGCGAUUCAGAUUACAUUAUAGCCGAAGGUGUCGACUUUGUAAAAGUUAGAGAAAAAGUAGUCGACCUUAAAUGCCUACAGAAAGAACAAUCGAGAGAAGACGUCCUGGCAAUAAAGCAUGAAAUGCAGUCAUUUACAAAAAGAAUUCGAGUUUUGGAAUCAGAUUUAGAUGGUAGUCAGGCUCAACUGAUUAAAGUGGAAAGAGAAAAGAAGUUGUAUGAAACUGAAAAUUCUAAAUUAAAACAAACUUGUCAGACAAAUGCGUUUAUAUCAACCAUGGUCCAAACAUUGUGGUAUUAUGUGCUUUAUAUCAAAAUCUUCAAACCAUUUGAAAAACUUUCUACGAAGGCAGCAUGUGCUUAUUUUCAUGUUAUGCUUAAGGAAACGCGACGACUAAACUAUGAUUCCAAUGUUCUGAGAGAGUUGAUAGAAGCUAAUUCAAUGAUGAUAAAAGCAAAAGUUUCAGAAGAUACGUGUAUUCGCUUUACGAGGUGCAAUAUACAACUUCAAGCAAUGGCGUCAAAGAUUCAUUUCUUGGAAUAUGAAAAAGAAAAACUUGCUUUUUAUCUGAAAAUUGGAGAGCAUGCUCCUAUUUUGUCUCAGAAAGAAGACUUUUGGUUGCAAACACUAGAAAGAUCUUUCUUUCAACCAGGAAUGCCAAUGUCUGGUUAUUUCACAGCGACAAUUGAACUUUCCGAUCCAGAUCUUCAUAUUAUAUUGACAAAGCUGUCUAAAGAACUAUCAAAAAAAGAGAGAAACAUCUUGCUACAAGUCUUGCCAGACGGGGAAAAGAGAAAAAUAGAAAAAAUGCCAAACACCUUAUUACAUUCACUUUGGGAAAAAGAGAAACAAAGUUCAAAUGGUCGAACAAAUUUAGAUAUAUGGUUUCAUGGUAUUAUGAAAGGAAUCAACAGACAAGAUUUAAUCAAUCGAUUUCAUGAGAUGGCUCAAUCAACCAUGAUUCAGCAACCAAGUAAACUAAAAAAACCGAAGAUGUCGUCCACUUCUUCAAGAUCUCCUGGUCUUCAUAAGAGUUUUGAAAGAAGAAAACGCCGUAGAAACAAUAGCGGUCCUGGCACGUUUGGAACAGCUAAAACUGAUUCUGAUCAGUCGUCUGGAUUUGGUGAUAUGAAAGAGGAAAGUGAAAGCAGUUUUACUCAAUUCCAGAUUCUGAAUAAACAGAUGCAAAAAAUGCAAACCGCAUUAGAAACUUUAACAAUGAAGUCCAAAGAAGAGUAUCAAUUUUCACCAUUCACAAAAGAUACAGAAAGUGCAUUCUCGUCCAUUCCUUCAUACAUUUCGAAACCUAAAAUAUGAAUUUGCAUCGUGCUUAUGCACAUUGUUACAAUUACUAUACAUAAUCAUUGAAACAAGGUCAAUUCAUUUUUUUUCAUAAAUAUUCACAAACACACAUUUUCCAUCUAGUUUUAUCAUGAAAAAAACCACACUGAUUUAAUUUCUGCCUUUGUAGUAACUAUGUCUAUUGCGGUUUUGAUUUGAAUGUAGAAUUUGAUAUAAUUCUAUGUAUGUACUUAAUAAUCAUAUGUGCAUUGUUGUUACAUAAUUUUAUUCAUCAACUAUUAAAAAAAAAUGUUUUUUA